AUGUCUCUUCUUCACGUUAAAAGAACCUCAACUGAUUCAAGUGUGGAAGCAGUUGACUCCUCGUUUUCAGAACUUCCAGCUGCUACUCCGUCUGGUGUAUCGACCAGUAGUGCUACCACUACUUUAACCAGCACUUUGGGACUUGAAACUGUUGUUCUAUUAGCAACCGCUAUCGUAGAUAUUUUUGACGCUAAGGGCAAUAGUCAUGCUAUUAGAGUAUUGUUGGAUUCUGCUAAUCAGGCAAAUUUUAUUAACGAAAAAUGUGCUCAUCGUCUUUGUUUAACUAAACGAUCCUUAACUACUGCGAUUUUUGGAUUAAAUCAGAUGCACUCUAUUUCUGCCAAGGGUGUCGCGGCAUGUGCUAUCCAACCCCAUAAGGCUACUGGACCUAUUUUUUCGUUUGACGCGAUCGUUAUUUCAAAAUUAUGUCAGGAUUUACCGACUUUUAACAUCAAUGCUCAAAAUUGGAAACACUUAGAUAAUUUGGAAUUGGCAGAUGGUAAUUUCCACGCUGAUAAAUCAAUUGAUUUGCUCAUCGGAGCAGAAGUUUUUGCUCACGUUCUUAAAGAAGGCCGGAUAAUUGGCAAACAGGGCGAACCCACGGCUUUGAAUACCGUUUUCGGGUGGGUUUUGCUGGGGAAAAUUCAUAGUUCUCGUGAGACCACUAAAAGGGUAGAAACUUAUUGCACUUAUAUUAAUGAAGCCACUCUACCUGAGACUUUACAUAAAUUCUGGGAAGUAGGUGAGAUUUCCUCUAAAUUACCCUAUUCUUCCGAGGACGCACAGUGCGAACUAAUUUAUCGGGAAACCGUGUCUCGUACUCGAGAAGGUCGGUUUAUGGUUACUCUUCCGUUCAAAAAUUCUGAACCUGAUUUAGGAAAUACCUUCCCUUUGGCUCAUCGAAGAUUUUUACUUUUGGAAACUCGUUUACUUAAAAAUCUUGACUCGUAUAACGCUUACUCUUCAUUUAUGCGAGAUUACCUUAAAAAUGGUUACAUGUCGGUAGUGGAUCUAACCAAGAGUUCGUCAGCUUUGUGUUAUUAUCUCCCCCACCAUGGAGUAUUAAAAUCAGAAAACACAACAACAAAGUUACGCGUUGUUUGUGAUGCGUCUGCAAAAAGCCCGAAGGGACUAUCCUUAAACGAUACAUUACUAACCGGACCUAAGUUACAAAAGGAUAUUAGUGCACUUUUGUUGACCUUUACUUACCAUCCUAUAGUAUUUACCGCAGAUAUUAAGCAAAUGUAUCUACAGAUUCUCGUAACGCCCCAACAUAGAGACUAUCAACGAAUCUUGUGGCGUUUUUCACCUAAUGACCCUACAUCGGUAUAUCGGUUAACAGGGUGUCAUUCGGAAUAUCAUCGUCACCUUACCUUGCAAUAA